AACCAUUAUUUUUCUGCUAAAAAUAAAAAUAAAAAUAAAAAUAAGAACAAUAUAUUCACUGGAGUGACCGAGUGACUUGCAAUGGAAAACCGGUGACUCGAACAUGCAAAUAUUCAUUUAACAUUCCAAUUUCACUUCUUCUCUUUCGCCACAUUAUCUGUGGCCUUCGUUUUCGGAAUGGCGGAAGUCAGGAACAAGCAAGUGGUUCUCAAGGAUUAUGUGAGUGGUUUCCCCAAGGAAUCGGACAUGCACAUCAUUGAAGGCACUGUCACCUUGAAGCUUCCAGAAGCUUCCAGUGAAGUCCUUCUCUUCAAGAACCUGUAUUUGUCAUGUGAUCCUUACAUGCGAAUCCUCAUGACCGAGGGUGCUUCUUCCUAUACCCCUGGCUCUCCAUUGACAGGAUAUGGUGUAGGUAGAGUCCUAGAAUCUGGGCACCUGGAUUAUAAGAAAGGCGAUUUAGUGUGGGGAAUUACAAAAUGGGAAGAGUACAGCUUGGUCUCUUCAGAUCAAACAACAACAACAACAACAACAAAGCCUUUUUUCAAAAUUCAGCACACUGAUGUUCCGCUUUCCUAUUAUACUGGAAUUCUUGGUAUGCCUGGAAUGACAGCCUAUGUUGGUUUUUUUGAAUUAUGCUCUCCCAAGAAAGGAGAGAAAGUUUUUGUUUCAGCCGCUUCUGGUGCAGUUGGUCAACUUGUUGGGCAGUUUGCUAAAUUGGCCGGUUGUUAUGUCGUUGGAAGUGCCGGAAGCAAAGAGAAGGUGGAUCUAUUGAAGAAUAAAUUAGGAUUCGAUGAAGCUUUUAACUACAAAGAAGAGUCGGAUCUCAAUGCUGCGCUGAAAAGAUGCUUUCCCGAAGGCAUCGACAUUUACUUCGAGAAUGUUGGCGGAAAGACACUUGAUGCCGUACUACUGAAUAUGAGACUUCAUGGCCGCAUAUCUGUCUGUGGAAUGAUCUCUCAAUAUAAUCUUACUCAACCAGAAGGUGUAACAAAUUUGGCGAAUAUGAUAUUUAAGCGCAUUCGAAUGCAAGGUUUCAUAGUUAGUGAUUCCUAUAACCUUUAUCCCAAAUUCUUGGAGUUUCUUCUGCCACAUAUCAGAGAAGGGAAAGUUAUGUACGUGGAAGACAUAGCUGAGGGUCUUGAGAAUGGACCUGCUGCACUGGUUGGCCUUUAUAGUGGUCGCAAUUUUGGAAAACAAGUUCUUGUUGUUUCUCGUGAAUGAAAGCUUGUGCUUUUGGCAUAGCUUGUUUUUUCAUCAUCAUUUUGUUCACUUAUUACUUUUUUUUCUCUGGAAUGUGGUUUAAUUUUCGUUCUACAUGGCCUGUGUAGUUGACGGGUACGUAUUUUAUUCCUAAUGAUUGAAAAACCUUAAGAAAAUAUUCCUUUAAC